CUCUAUGAAUAAAAGUAAGUAAGUCAUGCGGCGCAGCUGUUCAAGCAUCGUGAACAUUACAUCAAAUAACCAGAAUGUAUACAGAAACAUGGGAAACAAGCAUUAGACACAUAAAUAGACGUACUUCUGAAUGAAUUAAAUCAGAACACUCAACGAGCUCAAUCCCAUCAAUCGAACAUAGAUUUAUCCUUCUAAUUCAAAAUGAAGUUCCUUAUCGUCUUUGCCCUAAUUGCUGUGUCCAUUCAAUUGGCUGCUUCGGCAACUACCAGUGACACCACAAGCACAACUACAACUACAACGACAACAACCACUGAUGCAACUACUACAACAACAACCUCCGCAUCAGCUACGACAACGACAACUGCUAAAUCGACGCACAAGAAGAAAUGCUGGAAGGGCAACAAUUGGUGUCACACUCGCAGACCGACCCGGAAGUGUCGUCAUCCCAAGACAUGCCACAAAACCAUUGUCAUAGUGCGUCGCAGGAAGAAUUAA